CGCCGGUCCCUGAAAACUCCCUAGGCCUAACUCCGAAAGACGGCAACGUCAGAGCAGGCCCAUUUUCUCAACUGCAUAAUCCAGUCCACUUUCCCCAUCACACGUCAGUUUCCCACAUCUCCUUUCCAUCUUUUAUAUGCUGCUUCUCUCCCAAUCGUACAUACUUUAAUCGCUGUACAAUAUCCACAUCGCUCCCUUUUUAUUUUGCUGCCAGUCCCGGCGCAAUGUACGUUAGCAGAACAGCCUCCCGGGCAGCGCCCGCAGUCUUCAGAGCAGGCAUCAGGACCACCACCCGCACACAUCGCCCCAUGCUGCGCUCCUCGCCUGCAAUUCGCAUCCUCAUCCCGCUUCGAGCCCUACAGACCGAGUCGACGUCAUCCAACACUGCACAGAACUACCCACCCCCUGGCUUCGACCCCAAAAAAGCAAGCCAACCACUCUCCAGGCAGGACCAGGACAAGGCUCCCCAGCAAGCCAAACCCCAGCUCGAAAAAGACACCCUCAUCCCCAAGUCUGGCCCAACCGCACACGCCAAGACAUCCGCACAAGAUGUCCAGACGAUCAGGGAGUUGGGCGCAGACAAGGCAGCAGCCGAAACUAAGGAGGAGAAGAAGGUCAUGCUGAAGAAGGACGAGGAGAAGAAGAAGCUUACCGUCUGGCAAAAAGUCAAGAAGGAGCUGGUACAUUACUGGGACGGUACCAAACUGCUUGGUUUCGAGAUCAAGAUUAGUUCCAAGCUUGCCUUGAAGAUGGCUGCUGGUUACGAGCUCACUAGACGAGAGCGUCGACAGCUGCAACGUACAGUCCAGGAUCUCGCCCGUUUGGUUCCCUUCCUGCCUUUCGUCAUCGUGCCGUUCGCGGAGUUGCUUCUUCCCGUAGCGCUCAAGCUCUUCCCCAACAUGCUUCCCAGCACAUACGAGGGCCAAUCAGCCAAGGAUACCAAGGCCCAAACCCUCCGAGCAACCCGCAAGGACGUUAGCGACUUCCUUCGCCAGACUCUAAAGGAAACCGGUCUGCCAGUCUCUCCCGAAAAUGCCCAGACAGCCGAGUUUGGUGAAUUCUUCCGAAAGGUGCGCACAACCGGCGAGAAGCCAACACCAGAGGAAAUCAUCAAGGUCUGCAAGAUUUUCAAGGAUGACUUGACUCUUGACAACUUGUCUCGUCCGCAGCUCGUCUCCAUCUGCCGCUACAUGAACAUCACUUCCUUUGGUACCGACAACUUCCUGCGCUACCAAAUCAGGGUUCGUAUGCGCCAGAUCAAGCGUGACGACAGGGCCAUUGCCUAUGAAGGCGUCGAGACUCUUUCGGUUCCCGAGCUUCAGACUGCGUGUGCAAGCCGCGGUAUCCGAACGUACGGCGUUUCUCCUGGCAGGCUACGGGAUGACCUGACAAGCUGGCUUGAUCUCCGUCUUAAGCAUGGUGUCCCUUCAACCCUCUUGGUGCUUUCCAAUGCCUUUGCAUACGCACAGGGCAAGGACGCAGAAAUGACAUCCCAGAUUGAUGCUCUGGAGGCUGUUCUUUCCAGCAUCCCCGAGGAACUCUACCACGAGGUGGACCUCGAGGUCCGGAACGCUGAAGGCGCCGCCACCAACAAGCAGCGUCUCGAAGUCCUCAAGGAGCAGCAGGAACUCAUCAACGAAGAGAAUGAGCAGACAGAGACGGUCGAGAACAAGGCCGCUGCCUCGCCCAAGGACCACGACGACAUUGACGAGGCCGAAAAGCCCGCAAGGGAUGCCGAUGAGGCAAAGGAAGCCAAGGCCACUGAAGAAAGCAAAGAAGCCGAAGCUAGCACCGGCGAGAGCUUGGGCGGAAGUGCUGAGCGCGCCGAGCAAGAUGACCGUGCAAGGAAAAUGGAUGAGCCUACCGGCAAGGCUGACAAGCCUGCCGAUGCUGUUAAUGCAAAGAAGGAGUAAAUAUGAGACGAGAUUUUCUGUCUCUCUUUCUCUACUCUAUUUUCAAGUCACAUAGCUACCCAAAAAGAAACUUUGCAAAUACCAUGGCCUCUCUCCUUUUUCUUGUUAUUCUGGGAUAGGGAGGGGAAAGGGAAAGAUAAGGUGCAUAUAGAAAAUACCCCCUGUUCCCAAUAGAAAGUGUAACAUUAGAUAAAAAAUGUAUAGUU